AAUUGAAACAGCCGAAGAAGAAUCGAGCGGUAGUUACGUUGAAUGUUGUCAUGGCGUCUCACAUGUAAAUGAUCGAGCUUCAAAGAUUCAAUAAACGUCUUUAUUUGGAGAUUUGAAGGUACGUUUGAUACAUUUUAUAUGUAAGUUGUAUUAUUGAAUCUUAUUGUUAAUAUAGUGACAAACUACACUUUAAUACUAAGAGGCUGCAGCGUCUUAACCUGUUUUAACCUGCUGCUAGUCUGAGCUAACUGAUGUUUGCAUGAAUUCAACUGCACAUCUAUGUUUCUGUAAGCUUUAAAGAGCAACUUAUCCUUUAGAAAGAGGUUAUACUUUCUUCAAACCAUACUAUGUACUUAUGGUUCAGUUUAUAAUGAAGGAAGUGACAUUAUUGUGUCCAAACUAACACAUUAAAACGAUGUUUUUAGUGUCUGCAGGACUCUCUAAGGACCAAAACCAUGAGCACUCAAGUAAGAGAAAUCAAUCCUUUAUUCACAAGUUAUCAUCUUAUUUAUAUUUCUUUGGUUUACUUGACAAAGGAAUCACAAUAUUAACUCUAGGUUUGUGUUCUUUUUUCAGUAUAGCAUCCUUUUCAAGCAGGAACAUGGUGAGUAAAACACUAUAAACAAACACCACUGAACAAUCAUGUAACAUGUAACCAGGGUUUUCUUUUCCCUCUAACAGUCCUAUUUGUUUAAACUUAGAUAAUUUCGCUUGUUUCUUACAUAUUAAGUGAAAACUCACAGUUGAAUAAUAUAUACAAACUCUAAAAAGAGAAAAAAAAGUAAAUAAAAGUACCUACAGAGAACCAUCAAACCCACUCUUCAUCAAACUGAAGGCACUAAAGUUCAAGGAUUUGGUCGACCUCAAAACAACUCAGAUCAUGUACAAAGCAAAUCAGAAUCAGUUACCACAGGGCAUCUAAAAAUUGUUUCAAAUAAGAGAAAACAAACAUCAUCUCAGGGGAAUAUGCAUUUUAAAAAACAACCUGUACGUAAAAACACAAAAAUGCUCUGUAUAUCAGUCAAAGGAGUUAAUCUGUGGAACAGCUGCAGCAAAGAAAUGAAAACCUGCAGAUCACUGAGCAAGUCCAAACUUAUUUUUAUAAACAACAUUCUGAAUGGAUAUAAGAGAGAAACGGAAACAUGAAUUUAUAAUAAUGGGCAACAAGCCUUUUUGUCUGAUAUAUUUUCUUUCUUCUGUGCUGUUAUUCCCACACAUGCUCUGACCGAUUAAAUUACAGUAACACAACAAUAAAGGGGAAGGACUAGAUAAGUUCUUUCAACUUCAUCCUACACUCUUUCGAACUAAGUACAGAGCUGUCUCUUUAAUUGUUUUUCUGCCAAAGCACAUUGAAAAUUGUAUUUAUUUUGUUUUUCUUUCAACCUGUUCGAAUAAACAAAUAAACUCUGUAUGACAUGUUUGUGAAGAUCAUUUGCUGCAGGAUCAGGAUUAUUGACAAGUAGUUUUACAAAUUAAAGUCAUUUUCUUUGUAUUUUGGACCAAACAGAGAAGUACUCCUUAAAAGAACUGAGAUAAUAAGUACUUUAUAAAAACAAGAACACAUAACAAUGUAUUAAGAAAUAUUUGCAUUGUAAUAUAAUGGGAAAGCUUCCCUAUUGUGCAGGAAUGAGCAGGUGAGUGCAAAUAUCUGACAGUGAACACUCUUUGUAAAUGUAACAUAGGUCUGGUUUAGAGCUUUGACAUUUUAGUCAUGAGCCUAAUGUUGACUAAAGAUGGAGCUGUUGGAGAGGGUGUGGUUAGAGUCAGAGAGUUAUUAAAGAGACGAGCAUCAGAGGAGGAGAAAUUGUUCAUGUGUCUAUGGACAGAAAGGUCCAUCACAGUCUACCUUAAAACCACAGAGUAACCUAAUCAACAAGAAUUUAAAGAAUUUUAUGACAUUUAUUGACAAUAACAAAAAUUAUCUUCCAGUUUUUUACUUGAAGUUAAAUCAGCAUUGAUAGUAACUUGUGUUUUUUCUCUGGUCAGCACACGAUGAUGCGAUCUGGACGGCAGCGUGGGGUAAAAGUGAGGCGGAUGGGACAGAAACCAUCGUCACAGGCUCUUUAGACGACAUGGUGAAAGUCUGGAAAUGGUGAGUAUGUUUUUUGAGCUGCUCUCUUCUCUUCAUGACAGUAGAAGUGUUAAUUUAUUUUCCUAGUGCACACAUGUCUGGCUUUUGCUGUUUCCUACACUGAUAUUGUAGUCGUGUUUUACUUUUCAUUUGUAGCAUUGUGCUUAACAGGAAGUGUAGAUUUACUUUUAAUCCUAAAAACAAAAGUCAAAAUUGAAAGAAAGAGUAUUACUAACAAAAUGAAUGCAAAAAAAAGGGUUUACAAAGAAAAAUAUAAUGAAUGAUACACAAAGCAGCUUCAGUCCAGGAGUAGCUGUUAUUCCUUUAGCAGUCAGCUCCUGUUUCCUGUGUGUCACUCCCUGCUCUCUCUCUGAUGUUCUAUCCAACUGGUCUGUCCUCUUUAUAUACUUGAAAAAAAAGAAGAAAUUCGCUUUCUGCUAAGACUACAGCCUCAUAUUGAUGGGUGUUUCCCAAGUGUUCCCUCACGUUGUUUCCCUUUGGAUGAACUUUGUGCUGGUAGGAUAAAUAUGUGUAUAUUUAACUUUAGAUAGUGACUGCAGUGGUACACCCUCUGUGAGUGACACCUUGUUAGCAGCACCUGAACCUUUAAUGGCCAUACGAAUAUUUUUCUGGUAAUAUGAGCUCUAUCAGCUCUAGAGAAGCAUUAUCCGCUCUGUCCUUUAAAUAAACCCAGAUCUGUAAAUACACAAUGAUUAUACGUCACUGUCAUGAUAUCUAUGACCCAGUUUUUGCUCAACUGAAUAUUUAAUAUUUAAUACUCAGUAUGCUUACAUCAUGAUGAUCUUAGAUAGUUGAGUUUAUUUGUGCUGACACGGUACAAUAAUCUGGUUUCCGCUCUGUCUCUGUAGGUCGGAUGAGAAGCUGGAGCUGCAGUGGACUCUGGAGGGCCACCAGCUGGGCGUGGUUUCAGUGGACAUCAGCCACAACGGAGCCAUCGCCGCCUCCAGCUCCCUCGACGCUCACAUCCGCCUCUGGGACCUGGAGUCAGGGAAACAGAUCAAGUCCAUGGAUGCUGGACCAGGUAAGACUUGAUGUAGAAAGCUGCUUAUUUUUUGGGGAAAAGUGCUGCUGUGUGUUUUUUACAUCAUAAACAACUACGGAGCUUUAACGUUGAUUUUAAUGCACACAGAGCCAAUGAGAGGAAGCUUUUGUGGAUGUUCUCUCCUUUUGUUCUUGUUAAUCGUUUAAAAGAUGAGCGGCAGAGAUCUGAUCAGGCUCCAGGUGAGACAGAGACGCUUGUUUAACAGCUAAACAAAGAGAAGAACAAAAAUCGAUGUGUGGCGAUGAUAACCUUUUGAAAAUUAUUCAAAGAUGGAGAGUUGUAACCCUCCUAAACUUGAUCUUGACCUUGUGAAUGUGUUAUUUCUAAGUCAUACAGAGUAUUUUUCGUCCUCGUCUUCUUCACUGUCAGACCCUCAUCACUGAAAUCAGGUCACUACAGAGAAUAUUGUCACCCUCUUUGAUAUUCAGACAAACCUUCAGGGGCUGAGAGCUUGAGUGAGUUUUUUUUAUACCUCACCUCUCAGAGACCCCACACCCACAAAUGUGUGUUACUCUGGUUGUGUAUCUCGAGCCGAGCUGUACUUCAUCUAAAUGCCAUGUCGCCUCCUAUUAGUGACACUCCGGUUCACGCAGUGGGUGGUCCGGGUCACUGGACGUAAGACCUUUUCUUCCCCUCUUCAGAUAUGCUGUAUUUGUGCGGGUUUGGAUUCUCGUAAAAACAAAACAUGUUUUAUUUAUUCAAGUUUGAAUUUUAGGUUUUAAUAUUUAGUGUACAGCAAGGAUUGACUCAACAGAGCGGAAGUAAUGUCUUGUUUGCUUUGUGGCACUUUGAUAAGUCAGUAAAAGGAAGAGGAGGCGAACGCAAACAUGAUUUGAUCUGAAUGACGGAGCAGAAACAGCAGACAGUACGACUUUAACUCUAAAAAAGUUAGUUUAAUCUGUCCUCCGUCUGUCUCUCCAGUCGACGCGUGGUCGGUCGCCUUCUCCCCGGACUCCAAAUACAUCGCCACUGGGAGCCAUCACGGCAAGGUCAACAUCUUUGGCGUGGAAAGCGGCAAGAAGGAGUAUUCCCUGGACACUCGAGGAAAAUUCAUCCUCAGUAUAGCUUACGUAAGGAGACAGAGAUUGUCCUCAACAGCCUGAGACCUCUCAGCUUUGACUUUACAUAACAAAUCAUCCUCACGUGUGUAUCCUGUCAGUUACAAAUUUUUUGAUCUUUAUCUUUUGGUCCAAAACGUUUAAAAAGCAGCUCAUUCAGUCUCACGUGUCUUUGAUUUUAUAUUUUUAUUAAUAAUUAAGUCUGAAAGGUUUUCCUUCUUUUUUGGCCCUUUCAGAGCCCUGAUGGUAAAUAUUUGGCCAGUGGAGCUAUUGAUGGAAUCAUCAAUAUUUUUGACAUCGCCACAGGGAAACUGCUCCACACACUGGAAGGUGGGUUCAAUCAUUUAUCCUGUCCUUUAAAUAAACAGAUUUAAGUUAGGCUCAGCAGUAAAGUAAUUCAGGUAAAGAAAGUGGACUUCAUCACUUUGAGAAUUUCAGCUCAGACAUCCAACAUGAUAAGACCAUUAAUAUAUUUUAGUCUAAUUGUUUGAGUAUAAAGGGCUCUGAAGAGUUUUGAUCCACACAGGCAUGCACGAUGGUCAUGUGACUCUCCUUUCUCUCCAGGUCACGCUAUGCCCAUCAGAUCUCUCACCUUCUCCCCUGACUCCCAGCUGCUGGUCACCGCCUCCGACGACGGCUACAUCAAAAUAUACGAUGUGUGAGUGCAGCAGGAAGCUGCUGGUUUUUAAAUUCUCCAUGAGAGAUAAUUCUGAGGAAAACACUUGUUCUAAAAAUGCUCCAUAAUCUCAAUACACGAUAUUUUUACUUCUGUUUUGUAGGCAACAUGCCAACCUGGCUGGUACGCUGAGUGGACAUGGAUCCUGGGUUUUAAAUGUUGCCUUUUCCCCUGAUGACACCCACUUUGUCUCGAGGUAAAAUCCACAGCUUAGAGUGGCUUCAUAUCAAAGAUUUAGUUUGAUAGUGCUCUUAUUUUUCUGUGCUUGUCGAAUUAGCACCUAAAAACGAUAUUCAUAAACCUGAAGCGGACAACUCCUGUUCAAAUCCAGCAGUAAACUUUCUGUAGGAGACAAAAUAUGUUUGUUGAAAGUUUUAUUUCUAUGGGUACGUCACUUCCGGGAUUUUGACCAUUUCUGACCGUUUCUCAUCGUUUUUCACCGCUUCAUUCAUUCAUCCUGUUAUAACCUCAUUUCAUCAUAUCACCUUUUAGUUGAAGGCAAAAGUAUCGGACCCGGAUCAGCGUGUUUUCUUUCCUUUUUUGAACAAUAAAUUGUUUUUUUUUAACACUCAAACCGAACUGAUCAUUCAAGCGAGUCACAGAUGCAAGCGAACGUAAACCCCUGCUGCCUUUUUGUGUUGAAGGAAAGCAGUCGCUACACCUUCCCUUUAGUGAACACAAGAGCACCAGGCGUGUUUUCCUUCUGUCUGCUUUCCCAUGCUCCCCCUCCUGGUGUGAGAAACAGUUGUCUGCUGAAGCUGAAGUUUCCAGCUCACCGUGCCAAAAUAAACCGAGCAGCCCAAACAGAAAACUCAACUUUAGAAAAAGUGUCUAACAUGUCGGUUGUUUUUCCUCUCAGCUCGUCUGACAAGAGCGUGAAGGUGUGGGACGCCAGCUCCAGAGCCUGCAUCAACACCUUCUUCGACCAUCAGGACCAGGUGACGCAGAUAACCUCGAAUCAUCCUCACUAAAGUGUUUCUAAUCAGAUCCAAAGUGAGAACAGACGCUCUCUGAAGGUGCUGAUGUGUCAAGAAGGGAAAUCAAUACAUCCAAUGUCUCUCACAUGACCCGUCUCUGGUGUUUCAGCUGGAGCUAAAGCAAUAAUCCCAGCUGUCAUUAGAUCUCUGGUUGCAGGCGCCUGUGGGGAGGUUGAUCUCUUUCUCCAGCUCGGCCUCUAAUUGAAAGCUCGGCUCCUCAGAGAUCAGACACAGCUGACCGCUCUAUUGUUUUUGUGUUAAAUCAUGAAAUGACUGCCAAGCCAGUAAAUCUACAGGGACAGCUCACAGCCAACGACUACCUCAGCUUCUUCUUAAUCUCUCAUCAGAAACGUUGUUACAAACUGGGCGGCUGCAACCCGUGAUCUCUUUUAUAGCCUGUUGAUCUGUUUACUGAGCCAAACAUCCAAUCGUGAAAAUCAAAAUCAUCUGUCCCUGUCAGCUCCUCUCAGGGCCAAAUUUCCAUGAACUUGCAUUCCCCCGUCAUCAUCCCUCCCUCUUCUGUUCACAGUUAAAAAGAGGUUUGAUAUUUGCUGCCGCAAUCACGACCCUGAAUGAUGUGAACUGUUGCAUGAUGAGGCAUAAAGACUCGCAAAAGUGAAGCACAAACUAGAACGUGUACAGGAGCGUCUCAACAAAUGACACUAUUGUGAAAUGUUCUUUCUUUAAAGAGGUUCGCUUUACACACGCUCAGUAUCUCAGAGUGAUCAGAAUAUUCCCUAAAAUAAACCAAAAAGAGGAUCUAAAACACAAAAAUAGUCAACUUCAGGAAAGUAUGUUCAUUUUAAGGCUGUCCCGAUACGAUAUUGAUAUCAGAUAGCAGUCCGAUAUCAUCCAAAAAACAAAUAUCCGAUUAUAUCGGCCUGCAUCUAAAAUCUCUGAUAUAAGCAGUCCAUUCCAGACUCCACUCCGGCACCUCUAGCUAGCAGCACCCAGAUCCAGCAUGCAGAGCCCAUGUGAUCACAACAACAGUGUGUACUGAGGUACUAACAAAGUAGCAAGGAGUAGGAGUGAUGUCGGCUGUGUGGCAGUAUUUUUCGUUGAAGUCCGAAAAAGACGUUGCAGCUGAGUGCAAAACUUGUCAUGCACAAGUUUGUGCCAAUAUCGGAUCAAUAUCAGUAUCGGCUGAUAUGAAGGCUGCAAUAUCUGUAUCGUAUCUGAAGUAAAAAAGUUGUAUCGGGACACCCUUAGUUCAUUUAUUCACUCAAUGCUUAGUUUCCACAAAUCACCGCCUUAAGUAGCUGAUGGAAAACAGACUUUUUUAUUAUGUUGUGAUUGAAUGACGAUUUAAAGAUGCACCUGUAGAUCUGAUGACAUUACUGACACGUCUCAAAGUACCAUUUUAAAUUCAAGAUUUCUCACAUGAAAAAAUUACAUUUUUGAAGACUUGCAUGUCCUCAAAUGUUAGGAAAAUUGAAUCAAAGACUGAUAAAACUUUUCAGUAACUUUCAAGAAUGAUAAAGAAAGCAGAAAUCUUUCCAUUAAAGACGCUGCACUGAGCAAAUAUUUUGCAUAUUUUCCAAGCAGAUGAUUUAAUGGUAAAUCUGUUAUGAAGAUAGUUAAUGAUAAACUUCUCUACAAUUGUCUACUGAUGGUCCUCCUCCUCUAACUCUCAACCCUCUGCUCAGACUUGCAUCUGAACACUCUGGAUUUGCAGCGUUUCCUUUUUAUAAAUAACUCCUAAUUUCAUAUCCGUCCUUUUCAUUUCCCUUUCAGGUGUGGAGUGUGAAGUACAACAGCAACGGCUCAAAGAUCAUCUCAGCCGGAGACGACCGUGCCAUCCACAUCUACGACUGUCCUAUGUGAUCGAAGGAGUCGAGCCUGCAAGCUACAAGAAGAGAAGAGGCGUCCGAGCUGUUGAUUCAGAUCAUGCAGUUAAAGUUGAUAAAUGUAGAGGAUGUGGAGGAUUAAACUGUAAAAUAUGAUGGAUCGUUUUUGCACUGGCCUUUUGAGGUCAAAUAAAGGGGUUUCUUUUGUAUUUCUGUUUGUUUUCUGUUCAUAAUCCAAUUUGUUGACAGGAUUAAAGAAAGCAGUUUAUUUGUGGAUUAAGUUUUGGUGGAUUUAGGAGUAGAUAAAGUACAGAGCGCUGAAACAGCCCAGAAAAUAAAUAAAAUAUUGAAGAUAAAACCUAUAAAA